GAGCUUUAGUCAGCACUAGAGUCUGUGAAAUCUAAUUCCAAUCAUUAUCAGAAACCCUUUCCUUUUCUGGAAAACAUAAUGGCCCUCUUGAAGAAAUUGGAAGCAAGUUUUGAGGUGAAUGUUCCUGCAAACCAGUUUCAUAAUGUCUACAGUUGCAGACCACACCAUGUAUCCAUUAUGAGCCCUGAAAGAAUUCAAGGUGUUGAACUCCAUGAAGGCGAAUGGGGGAAAGAAGGCUCUGUUAUCUGCUGGAAUUAUACUCAUGAUGGAUCUCUCAAGAUAGCCAAGGAGAUAAUUGAAGUCAUAGAUGAUGUGAACUUAUCAACCACCUUCAAAGUGAUAGGAGGAGAUCUUCUGAAGGAUUACAAGAGCUUCAAAUUCAUAGUUCAAGCUACACAGAAGGGGGAUGGAAGCUUGGUGCACUGGACCUUGGAAUAUGAGAAGGUACAUGAGAACACUCCAGCUCCCAAUACACUGAUGGACUUUGUUGUUCAUUGCAGCAAGGAUAUUUCUGCUCACCUUAAGCAAGCCCAGGCUAACUGAUGGAGCUUCAGCUAUAUAUGCUCUAAUCUAUCAUGCAAUGCAUGUUUAUAAAUAAGGGUUAUGUAAUAAAGCACCAGCUCUGUUCUACGUGGGUUUGCUAAUAAUAAUAUCUACCUUCGUUCA